CUGCGGUCUGUUAGCUUUACUUUUACUCCUUGGUUUUCACAUUUUGUGUGUUUUAAGAACCGAUACCUGUCCUGUAGUUUAUGUUUGGGCGUUUGCAGCUGCAGUAGAGGUUUUGGUCAGGACUGGCCGUCUGAACGCUGAACUGAUGCUUCCCAGCUGUGAUUUGUGGAUUUGGGGUUUGUUGAGCGCCCUUCUCCUGGCGGGUCAGUCUGGAGCGUGUCCUCCUCACUGCUCCUGCACAGGCACCACUGUGGACUGCCAUGGACUUGCCUUCAAAAACAUACCACGAAAUAUACCAAAGAACACAGAACGACUGGACUUGAACUCAAACAACCUCACACAUAUUGGCAAGGAUGACUUCGCUGGCCUUAAGCACCUCCGAAUUUUGCACCUCAUGGAUAACCAGAUCGUCACUAUUGACAGAGGAGCCUUCAAUGAUCUGAAGGAGUUGGACAGACUGCGUCUCAACCGAAACCAUCUCCAGCAACUCCCAGAGCUCCUGUUCCUGAAAAAUCCCGCUCUCUCCAGACUGGACUUAAGUGAAAAUGCCAUCCAGAUGAUACCAAGAAGAGCAUUUAGAGGAGCCACAGACAUCAAGAACCUACAGCUGGAUAAGAACCACGUCAGCUGCAUUGAGGACGGAGCGUUUCGUGCCAUGAGAGUCCUGGAGGUCCUUACACUAAACAACAACAAUAUCAGCACCAUCCCCAUUUCCAGCUUUAACCACAUGCCCAAGUUACGUACCUUCCGGCUGCACUCUAACAGUCUGCGGUGUGACUGUCAUUUGUCAUGGCUGUCUCCGUGGCUCAGACAGAGAGCGACGCUGGGACUCUACACUCAGUGCAGUGCACCACCCAACCUACACGGCCUCAACCUGGCCGAACUGCAGAAGAAAGACUUCACAUGCUCCGGUGUUUUUGAUUCCGGUCCUCAGCCCUGUGGUCUUGCGUCUGGUUCCUGUCCGCCGAUGUGCACAUGUACGGACAAUAUCGUGGACUGCAGAGGAAAAGGUCUGACGGCGAUUCCAGCCAACAUGCCUGAAGACAUGACUGAGAUACGAUUGGAGCAGAACGGUAUAAAGUCUGUUCCUCCGGGAGCGUUCGCCUCCUACAAGAGACUGCGCAGAAUUGAUUUGAGUAAUAACCAAAUAUCUGAAAUCGCCCCCGAUGCCUUUCAAGGCCUGCACUCACUCAACUCACUGGUUCUUUAUGGAAAUAAGAUUACAGAUCUGCCUCGAGGUGUUUUUGACGGAUUGAGUGCAUUAGAGUUACUACUAUUGAAUGCCAAUAAAAUCCACUGUGUUCGCGUCAACGUCUUCCAUGACCUUGAGAACCUAUCUCUAUUGUCCCUGUAUGACAAUAAGAUCCAGACUCUAGCCAAAGGCACAUUUACUCCGCUGAAAUCCAUCCAGACUCUUCACUUAGCUCAGAACCCCUUCGUCUGUGAUUGUGGUUUGAAGUGGCUGGCGGACUUUUUGCGCUCCAACCCGAUUGAGACCAGCGGCACACGAUGCUCCAGUCCUCGACGACUCGCCAACAAACGCAUCAGUCAGAUCAAGAGCAAGAAGUUCCGCUGUUCAGCAGCCAAGGAACAGUAUCACAUCCCAGGCGCAGAGGACACACGUUUGAAUAAGGACUGUAACAGCAAGCCUGUAUGUCCACCCAAAUGCCGCUGUGAAGCUACUGUGGUGGAUUGUUCAAAUUUACGGAUGACCAAGUUUCCAGAGCACCUUCCGCUUUCUACAACUGAACUACGGCUCAAUAACAAUGACUUGUCCAUCCUGGAGGCAACAGGACUCUUUCGGUCCCUCACACAUCUCAAGAAAAUAAACCUUAGCAACAAUAAAAUCACUGAGAUUGAGGAUGGAGCUUUUGAUGGCGCAUCGUCUGUGGUUGAACUUCACCUCACUGCCAACCACCUGGUGUCUGUACGUGGAGGAAUGUUCCGGGGAAUGGACGGAUUACGCAUGCUGAUGCUGAGGAAUAAUCGCAUCCGCUGCAUCCACAACAGCAGCUUCUCGGGCCUGCAGAACGUACGUCUGCUCUCGCUCUACGACAACCAGCUUACCACCAUCAUGCCUGGAGCCUUCCACACGCUGCCAAACCUCUCCACUCUAAACCUGCUGGCAAACCCUUUUAACUGCGAUUGUCGUCUGUCCUGGCUGGGCGAGUGGCUGCGAUCUCGGCAGAUCGUGACGGGAAACCCUCGCUGUCAGAACCCAGCCUUCCUCAGAGAGAUCCCACUGCAGGACGUGGCAAAGCCAGACUUCCUCUGUGACAAGGGGCUGGUUGAAGACGACGUGAGUUGUGUGCCUAAGCCGGUGUGUCCGGAGCAGUGCACGUGUCUGGAUACAGUGGUGCGCUGCAGCAACAAGCACCUGUUGGCUUUACCCCGCGGCGUCCCACGCAAUGUCACUGAACUAUACCUGGAUGGGAAUCUGUUUGUUGCGGUGCCUAAAGAGCUCUCAGCAUUCAAACAGCUGCAGCUGGUUGACUUGAGCAACAAUAAAAUCAGUUCCCUGUCCAACUCGUCUUUUGCCAACAUGACUCAACUCACCACACUGAUCUUGAGUUAUAACGCGCUGAGCUGUAUUCCUGCUCUGGUGUUUGGAGGCCUGUCCUCUCUCCGCCUGCUAUCUCUCCAUGGCAACAAUAUUUCUGAACUACACCAGGGAGUCUUCAGAGACGCAGCGUCUCUCUCUCACCUGGCGAUCGGGGCGAACCCGCUGUACUGUGACUGCCGCCUGCGCUGGCUCUCUGACUGGGUGAAGAGCGGCUACAAGGAGCCCGGGAUCGCCCGCUGCGCCGGGCCGCAGGGCAUGGAGGGCAAGCUGCUGCUCACCACGCCGGGAAACAGCUUCCAGUGCACAGGUCCUGUGGAUCCGUCCGUGUCGGAGAAAUGCAGCCCGUGUUCGUCAAACCCCUGCCAGAAUCACGGCCGGUGCCACAGCGACCCGCUACACCAGUACAAGUGCAGCUGCCCGCAGGGAUACAAGGGGAGAAACUGUGAGCUUUCUGUCAGUGCUUGUGAAGGCGAUCCAUGUGUGAACGGAGGAAGCUGCUACAGCGACGAGGCUAGACAAGGCUUCAGGUGUGUCUGUCCGCUUGGGCUCCAAGCGCAUCUGAGAUCCAGCACAACUCCAGGGUGCAUCUGUCCGCCGGGUUUUGUGGGCGACGACUGCAGUGUGGAUUAUAAUGAAUGUGAGGGUCAUUACUGUCAGAACGGAGCGCUCUGUGUGGAUCAUGUGGCGGGAUACACAUGCAUCUGUCCUCAGGGCUACAGCGGUCGUCUGUGUGAAGGGCCUCUCUGGGCUCCGGCGGGCUGUGAGCAGCUGCUCUGUGAGAACGGCGCCCCCUGUGUGGAGAGCCACGGUACUGCAGCCUGCCAGUGUCUGCCGGGGUUCGGCGGGCCGCGCUGCGAAAAACUGCUCAGCGUCAACUUCAUCGACAGAGACUCGUACCUGCUGCUCAACGACGUCAAGAAGCGGCCGCAGACCAACAUCACGCUGCAGGUCUCCACCGCUGAAGACAGUGGGAUACUUCUCUACAACGGCGUCGACGACCACAUCGCAGUCGAGUUACACGACGGCCGUGUCAAAGUGACCUGCGACGCAGGGAAUCAGCCGGGAAGCACCAUUUACAGCUCGGAGAUCGUGAACGACGGACGCUUUCACACCGUCGAGCUGGUGACUUAUGACCGGAUGGUCAACCUCUCUGUGGACGGAGGGCUUCCUACGACUCUGGACAGCUUGGGACACAUCCAGCCCCUCGCCAGAGACGCCCCGCUAUACGUCGGCGUGUCUUUGAACCAGUGGCCGUCUGUCAACGGCUCCAGUUUUCAGGGCUGCAUACGAAACCUCUACAUCAAUAACGAGCUGCAGGACUUCAGGCGCACGCAGAUGAAGCCGGGAGUGGUGCCGGGCUGCCGGGCCUGUCAGGAGCUGCGCUGCGUGAACGGACUGUGUCAGCCGGACCCCGCCGCCGGGCCUGUGUGCCGCUGUCAGCCGGGAUGGGCCGGCAAACACUGCGAUCAGGCCCUGCUGGCAGCCGCUACCAACCCCUGCCAGAAAAACAACUGUGUUCACGGCACCUGUGUCCCGGUGGACCUGCAGUCGUACCGCUGCGAGUGUGCGGACGGUUUCCACGGGCCCCUGUGCGCUCAAGUGGACGAGUCCCCCGGCCCCUGUGCGGCGCUCUCAUGCCAGCAUGGCUUCUGCGAGGAAUCACCCACGGGACAGGCGCAGUGCGUUUGCGACAGCGGCUACAGCGGCCAGUUAUGCGACACAGUGGCUCCGUGUCAGGGCGAGUCGGUGCGGGACUUCCAUGGCGUGCGGCGCGGCGGGGUCCAGUGUCGCAGCACGCAGCCGCUGUCCUGGGUGGAGUGUCGCGGCGGCUGCAGGCCGGAUUCGGGCUUCUGCUGCGGUGGCACCCGGGGACGACGCAGACUAAUACGCUUCAAGCAGAACAUGUACAGACUGAAAUCUCACUUAAGAUGGCGGAAACAUAUGAAGUCCACUUUGAAGGGCACUUACAGGCAAAUCAAAUGCGUGUUAAGGAGGAACAGAGAUUGUCUGCACACUUAG